ACCAUAAAGCGACUGUUAAUUGGGGCAUCUCCUCUUUUCUUGGUCCUGUUUAUCGAGUCACUCACGUAUCAUGUCCUCUGGUGGCGCAUGCAGAGCGACUAUGAGGGCCGCAAACUACUGUUGCUUUCCCAUUUCAUCGUGGAUGGUCUCGCCCGUACGUCCAUUGUAUGGGUGUUGAUAUCCAUUAUGGUCGUCCCAGGAGUGGUGAGGGACAAUAUCCCGAGUGAAGGAGCAGGAGUAUUAUCGUCAGGAUACCCCAGCCAGACCACACCGUAUGCAAUUGGUCAGCAGCAAUAUCCCUGGCAGAUCAACGGAUAUCAACAGCCGAACGGUCAACAAGAGAUGCAAACCCACCCAGCUCUACUCCAGUCGUGGCACCCACAGCCAAACUGGCAGCAGCAGUCACAACCUGUGAUGCAAUAUGUUGUAAUCAAGAAACAGAACCAGUUGGACACGACCUCCACCGACGACUUUUUCAACUCGGAAUUGGACGGCCUGGUCGCCUCGGAACUGCCUCCAUUUUCAAGCUCCGACAGGGACUGGCUCUGGUCCAACAUCGCCAUACGCAUAACCGAUUGCGAGGCGCG